GCCAACAAAACCUGUCAAGCCUGCCAACAAGCAGGAUUUGUGUAAACAAGUGUUUAAUUAUUUCCGAUUAACGACGGUUUCUUGGGGUUAGAUAAUAAAGUCUUUUUAAUUCGGAAAAAAUGGAGACAUGUGGCAGUAACUGCCUCUACCAGUACGGUUCCGCAUUGCACACCGAUGACUACAUUGGCGGAGGCUCAUUCGGCUGUGUCUAUAAAGCAACAGUUACGGAUCGGAAUGAAUAUAACGGAAAGGAUAUCGUCGCUGUAAAAGUCAUUCACCUGAAGAAGCAAACGGGAGUUUUAUCAAAUCCGGAACUUUAUGGCCGAGCGCGAGAUAGAUUAAGGUCGCUGAUUGCACUCCGACAUAAGCAUGUCGUUGUAUACCACAAGGUUUCGAUUACAACGACAAAUUCAGGAGCUACCAUUGAAUUAAUGAUGGAUUUGUAUGACAGUGAUCUGGCUUUUUUACUGCAUAAAUUGCGAGAAAUCGAGGAUUUGCUGAACGAGGCAACAGUGGUUCGUUAUUCCAGGGAACUUGCAGAAGGAACAGAAUACCUGCAUCAGAACAACAUCAUACACGGCGAUAUUAAACCGGCGAACAUAAUGGUAAAAAACCUGGAUUUCGAUCAAAAGCGGUUGCUAAUCGGCGAUCUAGACGAUCGCGUUCAGAUGCAGCAAGACAUCACGUGCUCGCGUGAUAUCACCCAUUUACGCGGAACUGCGAGGUACAUGUCACCGGAGAUGCUGAGAAAAUUUGCCACAAUGAAUGGCGAAAUUUAUAAACCGGAGAUUUUGGGGAGAAAAACUGAUAUUUGGAGCUUGGGUUGUGUAAUGCUGGAACUUGCCAAGUGCAUUUCAAAAAACCGAGAAAACUGGGUGGAAAAUUCGAAAGGCCAGCGAGCCAAUGCUGGGACAAUCUCCGACGCGGAAUUCGUUACACUGAUCAUGCAUGCCGGUUACGUGCCAGUUGUGCCUGAUUCCGCUCCACAGGGACUGACUGGCUGUAUUCGUGGGUGCUUGCAAACCGGCAGUGAAAGUAGAUUGUCCGCUAGUCAACUGCGCACACUGCUUGAGCAGCUUCGUAAUUCAAAUAUUCCAUUACCAAGCCGGACCUCGCCGGUUAAACAGAUCGCGGUGGUUCUCUGUGACCUCGAGCCAAACAUUCAGAAACCUUCAAGAAUUUUCGCGCGUGUAGUCGACCCGGAUGAUAAGGUGAUCCGCCAGAUCUUGCUACCUGAGGAGCUUCAGAGGAAACGGUUUUCGGGGUUUUUUACAGCGGUCGACAACGAUAUCGUCUGCCAGGUGCGCGACCCAAAGGGUACAGAAUUUGAAACCGUUGCCUGGAAUUUAAUCACAAACACAUGUCUUCCUAUCAUCACUGCCGAUAAGACCACCCCAAUGCACUUCCCCGUAGCAUUCGGAAGGAAGAUCUAUUUUUUAAACGAGAAAGAGGAUGCGUUUAAUGUAAUGGAUUUUGACAGCGGAACGGUCCUACCACUGGGUAGACCCAGAAUUCCGUACGAGGACCGCAAUCCUUUAGGUCGCCGAAUAGUUCGUGGUGUACGAUCUGGCUUGCAUAUCGUUUUUCUGGGAACUGUGACAGAGAGCAGCCGCAGCGACGAUGCGCCAAAAACGAUGGCGACGAUGUGGAUCGUAAUUUGUCUUAACACGGAAACGGGUGAAUGGAGCGUGUUUUCGAAAUCCCCGAAAGGGGAGACAAUAAAAGAUGAUUUUGAUGCAGCGGUUCUAAGCGAGACAGUAUAUAUGCUAGGUGCCAGUACAUCGCCCUUCAAGCCUUGGACCUCCUGUCACUGCAUUGAUGUGCAGAAACAGACCAUUGAGAAGUUAUGUUCCUUUCCUAGAGAACGUCGGAAUCCAUGCCUUUUCGUGCUAAACAAUCGAAUCUAUUUGCUCGACAACGAGCAAACGAAACCGGGAUCCCGGUCACAGACUGUCCGUGUUUACCAUCCUCAAAAGGACAAGUGGAAGCCUGUAGUGUACCAGACUGUGGAUGAUCAAGAUGUGAACAGUUUUGUAUACCGGUGAGAUCCACGAUGACCUCGCCGAGGAAAUCAUCCGCCGACAGUCGAUCCCAAUCCCAUACCGUGAUCUCGAUUUUCUUGUGGUGGAUCUCGUUGGGAUCGAUGCCCUGGAACGUGAAGGUCUCCUUCCAUUCCGGAUUCAGAUUCUGUUGGAUGUGCCGCGUGCGAUACUUGUACUCCCUAUAAUGUCAAGCAGUUAUCCGUUUAGCAACUGAUAAUCACGAAGCAUGACUCCGACUAAGCGCUACGUACGCUCGUCCAGGCACCACGAGAAUCUUGCAGUAAGGGUCGGAGAACCCAGUUUUAUCGGCCGCUUUCAGAUUGCGCGCUCUCAGCACUUGUAAUGUCAGGGUGCAGCGCUCGUACGUCAUGCGCAGGAGAAUAUCACCGGAGACCGGAUGAUGCCCACUAGAUGUUGUCGACUGCAAACAGGAGAAAGCAUUAAUAUUCAUCAUUUAACAACUCUAUUUACCGUAAGCAAAAGUAAUCCUGUCGAACUGGUUGACCGUUUUGUAGACCGCCUGUUCUGAACAGCUCGCCGCAGGACCGCACACUUAUCGUAAGCUACCCAAGCUGUCUCCUUUUGGUACUCUAAAUUCGUUCGUAAGGUAUAGUCAAAACGUGUAAUUAUUUCGUGAAAUGAGCAUAUGCUCUGGUGCUUUCUCUAUUUCGGCUGAUCUGGUAAUCACUGUCAUGGUGACAAAUGGCAGUGUUGACAUUAUCAAGGUCAGUAGUUCGUACUUUGUAAAGCGUAAAAAUAGUCUGUAGCGAAAUGGAAAUUUUUUUCUUAUUUUCGUCAGCUUAAUCGGAACUUAAUUUUGCGAAAUCUCCAAGUAGAACUGCGGAACUGAGAAUAUUAAAUAACGGAGAAUAUUAAGAGAUGGUAACGGAGAAUAUUAAGUCUGUGCUUAAUA